CUUUCAUGUUUCAUUUCAUACUAUGAACAUUCUUUUUUCUUCUUCCAAUGGCAACUCACGUCGUCUCUCUCAACGCAGCCUGCCGCCGCUACCGCCAUCGUCCCAGCAAGCAUCAGUAACGCCGAUUGAUAGCCCAGUUGUGGCCUCUCCAACAAAAUAUGUCGACAUACCAAAAUGGCCCAAGACGGCUCAAGGCAUCGAGCAUGCAGGCGUCUUUACAGUAUUCAGUCGCCUUGGCAAUGUUCUUACCAUUGUUGUUGCUUGUGCUUUUUUUACUUUUGGAGCGUUUGUGUUUAGGCACGAUAGAGUACCAACGUCCGACGUACCGCACCUAGGCCUAUUGCGAGAUGCUGCCCGAUAUGUUAGUUCACUUCUCCUAUAUGCUUUAUUGUUGCACUCCGUUUCUACUUCUUCGUCUUUCCAUGAAGUAUGUUCCUCUUCAGAUGAAACACCGUCCCGGCCACCCUAAACCUUACCUAUAUCGCAUGAGAUCGCCUGCUCCUCUUUCCUCAUUGGCGCCCAACAAUAAAAGCUCCUCACUUCUUAGCUUUGUGCCGCUUGUGAAUGCGCUGAUUGGCGUUUAGGGGCCAACUGUGUUCCCUAUCUUCAUAGAAG